CAAGUCAGAGAAGAAAGAAAAAUGGAGAAAUGGUCGGAGUUGCCGCCAGAGAUCCUCCACUCCAUCUCCCUGAGAAUCGACAACUCCUUUGAUCUGAUCCACUUCCGGUCAGUAUGUUCCUCUUGGCGAUCCUCUAGCAUCUUAUUUCGACCGAAGACAUCACUUAGAUGUCCUCUUCUCGUGUACUCUUCUGGUUAUGGUGAUGAUCGUUAUAUCUUGAGCAGAAGUGUUUACCUUCUCAAGUCUUCUGAUCUCAACGGUCCUCGAUAUUGGUUGUUUAAGCUACAAGAGAAAGAGAAUGGAGACAUAGUUCUACAUAGUUUUGUGACAACCCGCCCCCUGGGAACUACCUGUCCCGUGGGCCCCAGGCUCACAGCGCUGCAGCGCACCGACCCCAACCCCUCUAUUAUGAGUUCUCACUAA